AUGCCUCCACGAGAACAAUUUCCUACAGAAGGUUUGGAUGGUGCUCCAAGUGAGGAUAUUGGAUGGUAUUUUGGAACACCAGAACCCGGAAAUCGCAAUAAUGUUCGUUACAAACUUUGUAUUGUAGUAAUAAAAGGUGGCAUUACAAGACUGGAGCAACAUAUAGCACACAUGAAAGGACAGGUUGCGGCUUGUGGUAGACAAAAAAGAAAUGAUUCUAAGAGAAGAAAAGAAGAAUUUGAAGAACGUUUAAGAGGAGAUGAUGAAGAUGCAGAUGAAGAUAUGAAUACUCUUAUUGAUGAUCAAUUGAGAUAUGCAACACAAGAAAGCCUUAGAUCACGCCGAGAAUGCGAAAAUAUGCAGCAGUUCAGACGAGAAACAAGAGCUUCUGAAAAUGCAUAUGAACAUGGUGGAAGCUCUCGUGUCAAUGUUAGUGGCACUGGAAGGCUAGAAGACAUCUCUUUUUAUUUGAGAUCUGCUAAUAUUGAUCUUGUUAGGAGACAAAGUAUGAAGCAACCAAGAGCUGGUAAAGGAUUUUUAAAGACUUGGAGAAAAAGGCUUGGAGAGGCUGUAAGUAAAUUUAUAAUUUACGAGCGUUUGCCUAUGAAUUUAUCUAACUCUCAUUGGUUGCAUAAUUUUAUUUAUACUGCUUCUGAAGUGGGAAAAGCCAAAUGCCCAACUCCUUAUGAAAUCUCGAAUGUUUACUUAGUAGCUGAAUAUAAGGAAAUGUUAGAGUGGAUAAAUAGUAUGAAAAAAACUUGGCAAGAAAGAGGAGCAACAAUAAUGUGUGAUGGUUGGACAGACAGUAUCAACCAUACUCAUAUUAUGAAUUUCUUGGUAUAUUGUCAUAAAGGUACUGUAUUUUGGAAAUCUGUUGAUGCUUCUGAUGUUGAUAGUAGAAACACUGACUACUACUUUCAAUUAUUGGAUAAAGUUAUGGAAGAAGUGGGUGAAGAGUAUGUAGUUCAAGUGGUAACAGACAAUGAAGCCGCAUUAAAAGCAGUUGGUCAAAAACUUAUGGAGAAGAGGCCACAUUUAUACUGGUCUUCUUGUGCAACUCAUUGUUUAUAUCUUUGCUUGGAGGAUAUAGGAAAAAAGAAAAGCAUACAUAAUUUAUUAAGUAAAGCAAAAAUGGGGACAACCUUCAUCUAUAACCACACAUAUAUUGUGAGUCUCAUGAAAAAAUAUACAGGUGGUAGAGAUAUUGUUCGUCCUGGUGUUACCCGAUUUGCAACACAAUUUCUACAACUUCAAGCAAUUGUGAGACAAAAGGAAGGUCUUGAAAACAUGUUCAAUUCUGAAGAAUUUAGAAAAACAAAAUAUGGUAAAUAA